AUGUCUUCCCUUUGGAGGAAACUACGACCUAAAAAGAAGACACGACCUGAAAGCGGCAGUUCCUUGGACAAGGAGAGUAAAAGCCGAUUGCAAAGCCCGGUAUCCAAGCAAGAGGAGCAACAUAAACGUCCUGCUGAAUCCAAGGAUCUCUGGAUUAAAGCAGAGAAAAAGCUGAGACAGACUCCUGAGCUGGACAAAGUUCUGACAGACUCGGUUAAGAUCCUUGAAGAUGACUAUGGUUUGUCACUUAAGCCAGGGGACACAAGUCAUCACAAACGACUUCGCGAGUUACUAGAGGAGAGGAAGUGGGUCAUUCACCUAGGGAAUCAUCAUGUCGGUGUUGGUGAGCAAAUCACCAAUAUCUCCAAAAACGUUGUGGCCAUCAAGGAUCUCGUCAGUCCUGCUGCAAGCGCAAGCCCACCCGCGUCCCUUGCCUGUGCUGGCAUAAUAGCCUGCUUUUCGAUGGUUGUCCAAGUGGCAGAGCAGCAUACGCUUCUCCUAAAAGGCCUAGAAUCAACAUCUGGAUUGAUACUACGCCUUCACGUAAUGGAAAAGCUUUAUUUGAAUUCCCAGAACAAGCACGCGAUCGACCUCCGUGCAGAGCUUCAGGAUACUUUGGUGUCUCUCUACUCCAAGAUUUUAGAGUUCCAGGCUCGGGCAGUCUGCUACGUACACCGACAUUCAGCCUCCCAGUUAAUCCGAAAUAUUUUCAAGUGGGAUGGAUGGGCCGACUUGCUGCAAGACUUUGAGACAUAUCAAGGAUCGCUAGAUCGAUCGACUUCUCUUAUCGAACAUGCAGAAUUGAACCAGAAGCUCGAAGAGAUUCGCAACAAGUCAUGUGAACGUGAUAUAUGGGCAACUACAUCCGCUCGAGAUGAGAGAGUAAAAAAGUUUUUCAAUCUGCUCUACACUUGCCCAUACAAGGAUAGAAAAGACAGAAAUGCCAAGCGUGUCCCUGGAACUUGCGAAUGGUUCACAAGUCAUCCUAGAUUCAAAAACUGGCAGCAGUGUACAAAUAAAGAUUUCCCAGGUCUUUUAUGGGUUUCGGCGGAUCCAGGUUGUGGGAAGUCAGUCUUGACUAAAUAUCUAGUUGACGAACUUCUCCGCAAUACUAUUGACAGAACAGUCUGUUAUUUCUUCUUCAAAGAUGACUUUCCCGAUCAGAAGAGUGCGACAGGUGCACUCUCAGUGAUAUUACGUCAACUGUUUAUUGCACAGCCCCAGCUUUUGCAAGAUGCAGUCCUGGAUAAACUGGAAACGGAUGGUGAUAAGCUCGUUCAAUCAUUUGCUGAACUAUGGAAUAUCCUUACAUUUGUCUCUGCUAAUUCGAAGGCUGGAGAGAUUAUUUGUAUUCUGGACGCAUUGGACGAGUGUCAGGAUAGUGACCGGAACCAGCUCAUCUCCGCUGUUAGGGACUUUUAUUUGGGGCCUCACCAAAGCAGCAAGCUAAAGUUCCUGAUAACAAGCCGACCGUAUGAUCAUAUACGACGUGGAUUCUGGGAAUUGGAAAGCAAAGUACCUACCAUCCAUUUAAGUGGAGACAACGAGGAAGAGGUCCAGGAUAUAUCCCGCGAAAUAAGUCUUGUUAUUGAAAAAAGGGUUGAUGAUAUCAGCCAUCAAAGAUUGCUGGAGAAGGAUGAACGCGAUAUGCUUGCGCAACAGCUGACCGCCGUUAAGAACCGAACUUAUUUGUGGGUUAGCCUUACCAUGGACGUACUUGAAAAUAUCCCGGGCUUCACAAAGGGCAAUAUCCGUCAGGCGAUACAGCAUCUUCCCAAAACUGUUGACAAUGCCUACGAAAAGAUCUUGGCCCGGAGUGUGGAUGAAGAGAAAGCUAGAGUUCUUCUUCAUAUUAUUACGGCUGCCAUGAGGCCUCUCUCCUUGGGAGAAUUAUCUCUUGCCUUAGCACUCAGUGCAGGUCAGCAAAGUCUUACAGUUAUCCGUGACGACAUGGAACCAAAAGACCGUUUUAGAAAGACUUUGAGGGACCUGUGUGGUCUGCUUGUGGUGGUUAUAGAUGAGAAGGCUUAUCUUCUUCACCAAACUGCGAAGGAAUUUUUGGUCCGAGGUAACGACUCCACUGGGAAUUUAGAAGUCGUUAAAGACACAUGGAAGUAUUCACUUCUGUCAAAAUACUCCCAUCACAUUCUUGCCGAUAUAUGCACUUCAUAUCUAACCAUCAGUCAACAUCAAAUCUGCGAGGAAAACUAUGAAGAGCAAAGAUCCGAUGAGAAAGGUUUGGAAGAAAGCUUUCUUCAAUAUUCAGCAUGUUACUGGAGUACACACUUUCGUCAAGCUUCUGUGGAGGAUGGAAACCGGUUAAUAAUACGUGUGCAGAUGAUCUGUGACCCAAACGCUGAUAUAUAUCAAGUUUGGUCUAGUAUCUAUUCACGCAGGGAAUACUAUCUUCCUAAUGGCGCCACCACACUUUUGAUAGCGUCAGCACUGGGACUUACGACUGUAGUCAGACUACUUCUUGCUACACGAGAAAUCAAUCCUGACACUAAGGACUCAGAAGAUGGGCUAACACCCCUGUCCUGGGCCGCAUUAGGAGGCCAUGAGGGGGUAGUAAGGCUUCUUCUUGCCACAGGAAAGAUAGAUAUCGAUUCCAAAGAUUCAGAUGGCUGGACACCACUGUCCUGGGCAGCUCAGCAUGGCCACGAGGGAGUGGUAAGGCUUCUUCUUGCCACGGGAAAGGUGGAUAUCAAUUCCAAGGACUCAGAAUAUGGGCAAACACCACUGUCCUGGGCAGCUCAGAAUGGUCACGAGGGGGUGGUAACUCUUCUUCAGAAACACUAA